AUGGAGCAAGGGGUGCUUACGGGAAUUGGAGGGGACGCGGUGUCUUAUCCACCCCCGGAUUUCUGGGCUCCAGCUCACGAGUCCCUCCAGUCCCGAGGGACUGAGGAUGAUGUGCGUCUGAGCCGUCCCCUCCACUUGCCCCCUAUCCCCCCGGCAGCCGCCGCGUCCCCUUUAAAUGCCCGGGAGCCGGAGCCGGAGCCGCGGCCCGCGCUGCGGCUGCUGCAGCAGCGGAGCCCACCGCAGUCCCCACACGUCACAAGCGACUGUCCAAUCACAGAGGCGCCGGCGCACAUCAAAGGGGCGGGCCGCCCGAGGCCACGCCUCCCUCCUGCCCCGGAGGCUCCCGGAGCGCCAGCCAAGGGCUGUAGACUUUCUCAUCCGCCGCCUCCAGGGCUCCGGUUCCUGAGAUUUGCAGAAGUGCACCUCCACCUCCUGCCCAUUCCGCUCUCGCAUCCUAAACCCAGUGGGAGGCACGGGAUGACCCAGCGGAGUCGCAGCGUCCUGACCUGGCCUUCGGUACCCUUUCCCCAGAUUAUAGGUUACUGAGGAUUGCGGGGGAUGGCGGGAGGAGUGACUCCCCAGCCCCACCCCUGCCCGUAAAGUUGGUGGAGCGGGUGGUGACAGACACUUUGCCCCUUUUGCAGAUGGCCCUAUAAAUAAAAAACACACUUUCUCCCCUGC